UUCUGUCCUGUACAGUCCCGGCUCUGUUAUGGCUCUUAUAUCAGCUCUGACUCCACUGUUUGUGGCUAUAUUAUGUGUGGUGAUUGCCUUCAUGUUUAAAUCUAGACAGAGAUCACAAUCCUCCUCAGAUAAAAAGACUUUCAGGAGUAAGAGAUCGGAGACAAAAGCCCGGCCCUGGGUGGAUGAAGACCUGCAGGACGAUACAGAGAUCAGCAGCAGAGACAAUGAGGACGAUGAUUGGGCAGUUUCAGAGUCAGAGGAUCUUCCUCAUGUUCCAUACACGCCUCAUCGUUACUCUGAGGAAGAAAUGCUGGAGCGCUCCAAACAUUUCUACAAACUCCUGAAUGAGCGCCGGUCAGUGCGCUUUAUCAGUCCAGAACCUGUACCUCGAGAGGUGAUCGAUUAUGUGAUACGCACUGCAGGCACGGCUCCCAGCGGUGCUCACACCGAACCGUGGACCUUUGUGGUGGUUGCCGACCAUGAGACCAAACACAAGAUCAAAGAGAUUGUGGAGGAGGAGGAGGAAAUCAACUACAAACAGAGGAUGGGAGAUAAAUGGGUUCACGAUCUGCGCAGACUGAAGACUAACUGGGUAAAGGAAUAUUUAGAAACAGCACCAUAUCUGAUUCUCGUCUUCAAGCAGACCUAUGGUAUUCUGCCAAACGGAAGAAAAAAGACUCAGUACUACAAUGAAAUAAGUGUUUCCAUCUCAUGUGGCCUUCUGCUGGCAGCUUUGCAGAAUGUGGGUCUGGUGACUGUGACCUCCACACCUCUGAACUGUGGCCCUCAGCUCAGGCUCCUCCUGCAACGUCCAGCCAACGAAAAACUGCUCAUGUUGCUUCCUGUCGGCUACCCAGCUUCCGACGCCACUGUACCAGAUCUCACCCGCAAAGAGCUCAAAGACAUCAUGGUGUUUAUGUGACCUCAUUAAAAUUCAAACAUUACCCAAAUGUUGACCCCAUGCCCCUGCCUUGUAAUUGGUGUUGGACUGAUUGACAUUCAUUUAAUGUUAUUACAACUGAAAAAUGACACGUGACAUAAUGACUUUGUUGGUUUAAUGGAUUAAGUAUUGUUUUACUUUGCACAACUUAAAUGUAAAAUAUAAAAUUAAUCCUAUUUACUGUUGUUAUCCAAGCUUUAAAUGUUUUAUGUAGAUACAAGUUGCACGUUUUGAUAAGUUGUGAACAGUGUCACACAUAUUCCUUGUUUUUCGGUGGUUCUUCUGACUUUCCAGGCACUUUUUUCGUUCAGCAUAAGGUGACAGUUUUUGUUUUUGUUCUGACUCUUGUAAUCAAUGUACUUUUUGUAUGGGUACAGAUUUGUCACCAACUGUGCCUAAUCAUAAUCCCUAAUGAAGAAUUACGAAGCCAUAGCACAAAGCUUAAUGUCAUUCUACGACUAUUCACACCACCAGAAGUUAUUGUAUGAAUAUUUUACACAAUUCCACAUUCUUUUAGAAAACCUACAAUGAACUUAUAUAAAUUAAAAUGUGUAUAUUGAAUUUUAGACAGCUAAUGUUUUACUAAACUUAAAAGUUAGACUUUAUUUUACAAUUUAUUAUUGAAACAUUUAAGUUUUAUUUUACAAUCUUUUGUUUUGAUUUAUUAUUGAAUUAUUUAAGUGUUAUUUUACAAUUUAAAACUGACAUUAAAGUUGAACUUUUAAAGUCAAA